AUGAAGAUUAACUACAAUGCACAAGAAAUCAAAGAAGCUCCAAAGAAAAUGGGAUUUUCCUUCAAAUCAAUAACUUGUGAGAAAGAUGAAGGCUCUAGUAAUGAUGAUGAUGAUGAGGAGAUGGUUAUGUUUGCAAAGAAAUUCAAAAAAUUCAUGAAGUUCAACAAAGCCAAAAGAUUCCCAAGAAAAGACAUCAUUAAGGGUGAACCAAAAGAGGAGAAAGUUGUUCCAGAUGAGUUUUUCAGGCUCAUGGAACAAGAAAAGAAGCUUAUAAAACCCUACUGGGAGGGAACAUAUUUAAUCAAUCUGGGUGAUGAUAAGGUAAGAAAGGAAAUUAGGAUUGAAACCACUCUUAUGCCAAAGCAAAGUCAAUUAUCAAAGGAUCUACUCAUUGAGUUCUCAGAUGUGUUUGCAUGGUCAUACCAAGAUAUGCCGGGUUUGGACACUAAUAUCGUGGAACACAUGCUACCUUUGAAAUUAGAUUGCGAGCCCAUAUACCAGAAGUUGAGAAGGAUGAAACCUGAUAUGCUUUUGAAGAUUAAAGAAGAGGUUAAAAAACAAUUUGAUGCAAGAUUUUUGGAAGUAGCUAAAUACUCAGAGGUCAUGCCGUUUGAUCUAAAAAAUGCUGGGGCCACGUAUCAACAAGCAAUAGUGACAUUGUUUCAUGACAUGAUGCAUAAAGAGAUUGAAGUUUAUGUUGACGAUAUGAUAGCAAAGUCCGCUAGGGAGGAAAGUCAUGUGGAAAACCUCUGCACACUAUUUGAAAGAUUGAGGAAAUACAAAUUAAGAUUGAAUCCAACAAAAUGUACUUUCGGGGUAAAGUUGAGGAAGUUAUUGGGUUUCGUAGUGAGUGAACAGGGACUUGAAAUAGAUCCGGAUAAAGUUCGAGCAAUUCAAGAUUUGACACCUCUUAAAACCUAA